CGUGGUUUCGGUUGAGCAUUUGGCAACGUCUCGCUCGGCAAACAGGCAGUUCUCCGUCGGCAACGAGUGUUUUCCACAAUGUCUGGAGGUUUAUUUUAACGGAGUAGGAGCCGGGCAGGAACACCGGAGCAACGUUAGGUAAGAGUAAAAUACUGAGCCUUCCCCUCCUGCACUGUGACGUCAAACCUCACCUGCUUCACCUGCACACUGCACAGCUGAAGGCAGAACAAGAUCUGCAUUAGACUGAAAAUAGCCCAAGAAGAAGAAGACGACCGGCCUUGACUCCAGCUGGUCCUCCAUGGACCAGUGAAAUUGUUCCCACCCUGCCAGUUAAAAGCGAUGUUUUUGGGAGCUGGAGGCCGUAACACCGUCAGCAGAGUGUGUGUGGGGCCCCUCCUCUCCCUCUUUCCCAGCGCUCCCCCUGACAUGGGAUGCCAGCCCCCUGCCUCCCUGCCCUGAGCUCGCCUGGGGUGCCAUGAACAGCUACAGAGACAGAGGGGUCACUUGCACCUCCUCGGACCUCCUGGAUGGAGGUGGAGGAGGGUUCCCCCAGCACACUCCGUUUCGUCACACCCCAAAUGGCCACCCGGCUCCUGUCCCCAUAGACCCGGGCAUCCAACCACGCGUCUCCGUGCCCAAAAUGGGUGUCCGGGCGCGGAUUGCAGAGUGGCCCCCUCGCCGUGCGCAGUCCAGGGAGUCGCUGCUUGAAAACGGGCAAAUUGGCGGCAUUCGCCACGGAGAUGACGGCUCCACUUCAAUUUCCUCAUCAGUUUUGUCAUCUGACAUGGGGCUGGUGCGGGGAGGAGUUACCAGGUUGCCGCGACGACGGUCCAAGGAUGUAGAGUUCAGAGGAGGAGGGUUUGGUGUUGAAAGAAAUCCACCUUUCAGCCUACGGGUGUUCCCUCCACUGAGACAGCGUUCAAACAGCGAGGUGACACUGAGUGAACACGAUGAAAAUGAGGUGGAGGUUCACGGAGGCGGUGGGAUGGGGAACCUGUUCAGAGAAUACGGCAGCACCUCCUCCAUUGACAUCCAGGGCAUUCCCGAGCAGAGCUUCUUUGAAAUGCUCAGCCAGUUCCACCAGGAGAGGCCUGACCAGCGCAGCUCAGCACCCAUACGCCUAGGGGAGCUGCUGCGCUCCCCAGACUCACCGCCAAGUGCAGCCCACCCCUCUGCUCCCUCACCUGGUCCUGCAGGCGGGGAUGACAGAGGGACAGGGAGGAAGGAAGGAGCUGAGAGAGUGAGGAAGAAAAGUGGAGGGACAGAGUCAUCACUGGGCACCUCCUCUUUGUUCAGGAAGCUUAGGAGCUCUAGUCGUGGUGAGCUGGAUGGAGGGAAAGGAGACUCUAAUGAGGACGGGGGAAGCCGGGGUUCAGCAGAUGCCUCCUACAAACAGUGGGUGUGCCCUAAGAGCUUUGUCCACUUCGAUGCUCAGAGCAUCCUGUUUGACCUCCACGAAGCGGCGGUGCAGCGGGGCUAUGCUGCCCAGAGGAGGAACACCGCCACGGGGGCAUCAGCUGCGUCAGUGUCCCUGUCCGUCUCUAGAUCCUCUGCGGUGAAUGACCCAGUUUACUCCAGCAUCGAGGAUCUGACCCUGAGCCUCGACCCCGGCUCCAUGACACCCUCCUUGGGCAUGGACCCUCUGGACGGGCCUCCUGGUGCCCAGAGCUCGAGCCCACUGCUCCUCUGCUGCCCCCACUUCCUUAAUGAGACUGGGGGCCACGGGGAGCGCAACAUCAGCUUCCUCAGCUCGUCAGCUGAGCGAGGAGGAGAAGGAGGAGGAGAUGGAACUAGGGGUUGGCUGAGGAGGAGUAACGCCAGCGUCUCAGUGCUGGAGGUGCCUAUUGAACAGCAGGUUACGAGACUGGACAGACUGAAACUGUACAGCAUAGAGCAUGUAGACCAGGGGGCCAGGUACUACAGAGACUACUUCCAUGGGAAAGAGCACUCAAACUACUUUGGGACAGACGAUAAGCUGGGCCCUGUGGCCGUGAGCAUCCGCAGGGAAAAACUAGACGACACCAAAGACCUGAAAGACCAGUACCAGUACCGCCUCAUCGUCAGAACAAGUGAGCUUGUGACCCUGCGAGGCUCCAUUUUAGAGGAUGCGGUGGCAUCGACUGGGAGGCACGGCACGGUGCGGGGUCUGCCGCUCAAGGAGGUCCUGGAACAAGUCGUCCCCGAGCUCAACGUGUCCUGUUUGAGACUGGCACUCAGCACGCCCAAAGUCACAGAGCAGCUCCUGAAACUAGACGAACAGGGGUUGAGUCAGAAGCACAAGGUGGGUGUUCUGCUGUGCCGUGCGGGCCAGAGCACAGAGGAGGAGAUGUACAACAACGAGGAGGCGUCACCCGCCUUCUCUGCCUUCCUGGAGCUGCUCGGGGAGCAGGUGCUUCUCAAGGGAUUCACCAAAUACGCAGCACAGCUCGACACAAAGACGGACUCCACAGGCACCCACUCCCUGUACACCACCUACCAGGGCUACGAGGUCAUGUUCCACGUGUCCACCAUGCUGCCCUACAUGCCCAACAACCCACAGCAGCUCCUGAGAAAGAGGCACAUAGGGAACGACAUUGUCACCAUAAUCUUUCAGGAGCCAGGAGCAUUGCCUUUCACCCCACAGAAUAUCCGCUCACACUUCCAGCACGUCUUUGUCAUUGUCCGUGUGCAUAACCCCUGCUCUGAAGGCACCUGCUACAGUGUUGCUGUGACAAGAAUGAAGGAUGUGCCUCCCUUCGGCCCACCCAUCCCCAGUGGCGUCACCUUCCGUGACCCAGAAACCUUCCGUAACUUCCUUCUUGCCAAAGUUAUCAAUGCAGAAACCGCAGCACACAAGUCAGAGAAGUUCCACACUAUGGCAACACGAACGCGGCAGGAGUACCUCCGUGACCUGGCUGAGAACUAUGUCAGCAGCACGCCCCUCGACUCAGCCGGUAAGCUCAACAACCUCAUCUCCCUCGCAUCUAAAAAACGGGAGCGCUCCAAGGCAAGAGAGGGAGCAGAGCUGGGAGCUGCUGGGGCCGUCGCAUGGAGGGUCCAGGCCCAAGACUUCAGUGGCGGUGGGGCGGAGCUCCCCUGUGCCUUGGGUUUAUCGGCUGAAUACGUCCUCCUGACAGACUGCUCCACCAAAGAGGUGGUGUUUAACUGUUUCUGUGCGGACGUGAUUGGCUGGACACCGGAGCGGCUGGCGCUGAAGAUCUUCUACGGUAGAGGAGACCACAUUGCUGUGCGAGUACCUGAGGGCUGUGCACAGGACAUCAGGGAGAUGGUGCAGAGGUUAAAGUCGUUGACCGUGGGAUGUGAGACGGUGGAUAUGACUCUGAGAAGAAACGGACUGGGACAACUGGGCUUCCAUGUUCGCCUGGACGGCACUGUGGCUGAGGUGGAGGAAUACGGCUUUGCCUGGCAGGCGGGACUGAGACAGGGCAGCCGUUUGGUGGAGAUUUGCAAGGUGGCCGCGGUUACGCUGACUCAUGAGCAGAUGAUUGACCUGCUGAGGACGUCGGUCACGGUCAAAGUGGUCAUCAUUCCUCCGUAUGAAGAGGGGGGGCCUCGCAGGGGCUGCACAGAGGAGUAUGAGAUGAAGACCAUGGAGCAGAAGCCAGAACCUGAGCCUCUAGCGGCAGGCUACCGACCAUCCCCUCGCCCCAUGUGGCGAUGGGACAGCCCACCUAUUCCUCCGGGACUCCACAGUGCCCCCAACCCACAGCGCUGGGCUCCGAUGGGUCCCCCACCUCAUCCACUGCCACGCUCAUACAAGAACCAGAUGCCUGCUCCCUACAGGGAGCCACAGCACCUCAAGAGCAGGCCGGUGAGCUACCCAGAGAACCACUACAGUCUGUCUCCUGCAGGAGGCGACAGAGUACUGCCCUACAGAAACCCCUCAGCCAGCUUCUCCUCGCCCUCCUCAGGCCUGGUCAGCCUCGCCACGAUGGGGCCGCCUGGAAUCACACCGGGCCCCUUCGUGCGCUACAAACCCUCCCCCGACAGAUAUGGAGCAGGACAGCGCUCCCUGCUGCCGUAUGAGCCCCACCUCAGUGUGGACAUUACCUCCAGCGGGGAGUCUUCCUCAGGCUUCACCAGUCAGGACAGCACCAUCGAGCGCUGCAAAACAGAACCCCUCUGGCAUGUCCCAGCAUCGUCGUCUCGGGGACCGGGUGGUGGCGGAGGGGGGCAGAGGAGAAUAACCAGACAGGAUGUCCCAGGGAAAGACUCUCCAAACAGACACUCGAAGGGCGAGACUCAGUACUCCAGCCACUCCAGCAGUAACACUCUGUCCAGUAACGCCUCCAGCAGCCACAGCGACGAGCGCUGGUUUGACGGAGGAGCUGGAGGAGAGCGAGGAGGCGGGGGUUGCCUUGGUGACCCAGCCGACCCUGACCCAGUCCUUCUCAACAAGGGGGGGUCUAACGACAGCGGCAUCGAUGCCUCGACUCACUACAACAACACUCGCCACGGAAACAUGUCCAACAGCCAAUCCCUCAAGCCUAUGCAUGGCUUUGCCGCCUACAGUGGCGUCCAGGAGCUGUCCGUGGGAAGGAGCAGUGGUGGCAGCAGUGGCAGCGGAGAAGCGAGGAGACGGGAGUCUUCACCCAUCAUACCAGCUGCGGCCAACCAGAACAAAGGGUACCGGACCAGGACAUUCCCGCCUCCUGGCUCCAGCGCUGAUAAAAUGGAUGCUCUCAAACCCAGGGCCUACACACCGCAGGGUUACAAGACUCCAACAGCCGAGAAAGCCCAGCCCGUCCGAGCCGCUACGACGACGCCUACUUCAGCUCAGCUGAGCUCCAUCCCUCUGUCCAGCUCCGCCCCCAAGGCCUUUUAUGGGAAGAGCAGGCCAAGCGCUUGGCAGAACGAGGACAGCAGCCCGUCGCCUUCAAAUGCAACCUCCUCUGAGAGCAACAACAAGAAGCAGGUGGAUACGAACUCAAAGAACGUCUUUGGGCAGCCUCGGCUCCGAGCCUCACUGAGGGACCUGCGUUCUCCUCGACGGACAUACAAAAGCACCAUCGAAGAUGACCUGAAGAAACUGAUCAUUAUGGACAACGUGGGAGAGACACCACAAAGAGACCCAUCUCCUAGACGGACCUUGCAGCGCACCUUUUCAGAUGAGUCACUGUGCAGCGGGCGCAGAGAGGCCAGCUUCGCCAACUCUGAGAAUCCGACGACGCCCACUGACGUACUCUUCACCUGCACACUGCCCACGCGCAGACAUGCCGUCUCCUCAAACCACAUGCAGAGCAAGAAGGUGCCUCUGUCUGCCUCGGAGCUGUCUCUCACAGAAGUUAGAGACAAAGUUCCCCCGCUGAGGAGGCUCGAUCCUGGGCUGAUGCCUCUUCCAGAUACAGCCUGUGGACUGGAGUGGUCCAGCCUGGUCAAUGCUGCUAAGGCCUACGAAGGUGAGGAUGGAGAUGCUUCAGGAUUAGCACAAAGAGCAGUUUCCCUCUUCUCACUGACUGAGCCGCAGGUCGGAGGUCCAGACAUGAGACCAGUUGUCAGUCCGGUCCAGUUUCAGACUCCUCAGACACCACGGACCACACCAACCUUCAGCAGCGACGAGGUGCCCAACGACUUGUCUGGUCGGCUCUACCACCUGGAAGUGAUGUUGAAACAGCUCAACAAUGACCUGGAGAGAGAGAAGCAGGAUAAAGUCGUCCUGCUGGCAGAGAUGGCCAACCUGAGAGAGAACAACCAGCGCUUACAGGAGGAGAGCCUGACAGCCAGCGAGCAGCUGCGCAAGUUCAGCAGGCUUUUCAAUAACGCCGACAACACGGAGCGUGACCACGAGCCUCACUCCUUAACACACGAAUCUGACUCAAAGAGGGAGUGAUGCCUGCAGAGGAAGAAGAGAUUGAGACCACAGAGGGAGGGCGGCUGUGAGAGCACCCAGGAUUCCUUGCACACAGCGGCGGCAGAGAUCACACUGACGUCACCUCACUCAGCUUCCACUGGACUGCCUUAAACCGUAGAGAGAGCAAGACAAAAAAAAAAAAAAGAUUUUUAAAAAUGCAACACUCCCAGACGGAGCAGAGACCCUCCCUCUCUAUUCUCUGAGCCCGUUUAUUUUAUUUUUAUAAACUGAAGUCCAAAAGUCUUAUAUACCUGUCAUAUAUAUAAAUACAUAUGCUACUAUGCCAGAGGAGCGAGUCAGAGAGGAGACUGUUUUCGAGAACACUACAUCACCUGGAGAGGCCUAAUACUGUUCCUGCAGCCAAUCAGCCAAAUAAAAGACUCAUUACAGACUGCAUCUCCCAGAAUGCACUAGAAGUAAUGGAAGCUCUACAGACAUGGUACUGUAGAUACAUGCCUGUGGUACAAUUCUCAUGUAUCAAUAUUACCUAUAUUGUACUGAUAUUGUCGUACUAAAGAGAUGUGUGUGUGUGAAUGUGUGUGUGUGUGUGUGUAACUGAUGGUACAGCGAACACUCAGAAACAUUAUGGCACAACAGUGUUUGUGCUCGAGGCAAGAUCCAUUUUAUUAACCUCUGGUGUGAGCGUGUGUAUGAUGGUCUGUUAUAGGACGUGUUGAGUGAUGAACAAACUAGUUUACUGUAAUAUGAACACUUGUGGGCCACGAUACUUUUCUUUCCUCCGUUUACAUGGAUGAACCCGCGGCCCUUUAGAUGUGAAACAAGCCAUCAGCGUGUUGAGCGAGUGUAAGUGGUCGAUGUCAUGAAGCUCAGUGAUAUUAAUAGUAUCAUAUCUCUAAUGUAGUGCAUUGUUUUGAACUUAAUUUUCACUGUUUUCAGCAGUGCCGUAUCAUCUCAGAUCUAAAUGUACUGGAUAAUUAUUUUAACCUUGAGUCGUUGUCUCGGUGCGUCUUACAGAUGAUCUUUUUUUAUAUAUGUAUUUAAAGCGGUGGUUUGACAUUUUGUGUUUGCUUUAUGGCAGAGACUUUCUGUUAAAUACAUUAAGGGGACAGCCAACAAACGGUUAUUAGCCUAGCAUGAAGACUGCAUACAGGGGAAACUCGCUCUGCUCAAACAUAACAGAAUCUGCCUACCAGCACCUCUAAAACUCACUAAUUAUUAACAGCCAUGACAGCUUCACCUUGUGAGUUUGUGUGUGUGUCAUCAUGGCAGAAUGUGGUCCUGGUGACACCAACUGUGGACUGAAGCAGUUUCAGUACUUUGUCAGGUUUUUAUUAGACUGUCUGUGGACAGAUAUUGUCACCGCGACAGUGUCACAUCCAUGCAAGAUGCAGUCACAAAACUUUACAGGUGUUAAGAUCAAAUUGAAGGCCUGGUUUGAGGAUGGGUGUGGUGCGAGCAAGGGCACCAGAAGUGGGGGAUAGGAAGCAAGGAAAGGACCAUUGCCUCCUCUCAGAGCCACACUGGUUUUAAAUCACAGAUCAAAGUCGCAGCUGGUGUGAUUUCAUGGUAAGAUUGUCUCUAGUCAACACGUUGUAAGUUUUUUAAUCCCAAACAAAAACAAGUUCUAAAGGACAAUACACCAGUUUACAGCCAACAUCCAGGUGUUUCCGCUGGUCGUCUGGCAAUUUGUCCUGAUGUUAUUAUAGUCUGUAUAAAAUAAUGGGCGUAGCGUUAUGUCACCCUUUGGUUUGUGGACUCCUGCCGUCUUGUUUUUUUGGUGCCAGGAGUGACCAAAUUUGGACGAGAGGGUGCAACUGACUCAGACUGUAGUGACACCUCACAGACAGCCUGUCACUCAAAGCAUCCUGCCCUGAAAUAUUUGUAACUUUAAGCCUUUAUAUAAUAUAAAUGGGCAAGUUAUAUACAACCUAACCUCCUGUACAGUUGUCAUGAACAAGUGAAUUAGCUCUAGAGACCCAAACCACUUUUUGUACCAGGCUGUACACACAUUUAAAUCUGCUGUAAAGUUGGGCAUUUUAACAUGGAGGUCUAUGGGGAUUGACUUGCUUUUGGAGCCAGCCCCUAGUGGCCAUUAGAGGGGUUGCAGUUUUUGGCACUUUCAAGUUGGCUUCAUUUUUCAGCUGCGUAGUUUGCUGCUUGGGUGUUAAACAGAACUCUGUGACCUGAUGAGCAAUUCCAUCUAGCCAAAAAUAUCACCUUUAAGGACUGUCGGGCUACAUACAUACUUGAUUUCGAUAGCUGUUACCAAACAUGGUCCCCUUAUAGUAUUUAAGUAUAAAAAAACAAACUAGAUUUACCAUGUUUAUUAAUGAACUUUGGAUGUGCUGGUAGGUGGACUUUAUUUCUGUUGGACAGAGCUAGCUCCAGUCUUCAUGCUAAGCUAAGCUAACAGUCUGUUUGCUUUAGCUUCAUAUUUAACUGACAAACACGAGUGGUAUCAAUCCUCUCUGACUCGCCACUAGAGGUAAAUAACUGCAUUUCCCCAAAAUGUCAAACUAUUCUUAUAACUGCGUCUUCUUUGCAUACUAAUCAAGAUGAAUCUGCCACCCGUAACGUGUGCUUACAGAAAACAUUUACUGUACAUGAAACUCACUCGACAACACUGAAGCUCCGUCAUAUCAGAACCAGUCUGUCUGUGUGUGUGAGCGGAUUUGUCCCCGUGUUCUGUGACGACCCAAGAUGAACACAAAAGACACUAUUUAUACUGCUAGCUUGCUUAACGAUAUUGUCUACUAUAUCUAUUUUUCAUACGGAAACAAUGUGUGGUUUUUUUGGACGCUGGUACUGAAUGGACACUACAUCCCUGCAGAGGGUGACUCUAAUCUUCCUGUCGGUUUAGAUAUGCUGAUAAAAUUGUACUACAUGGUCACGUCCUGCUCUGCCCUGCAGGACGGCUACUUCUCUGUCGUCAGGAGCUUUCUUCCCUGGUCAGACUGGAACAGUUGAAUUUUGAAUCCCAACUCACUCAGGUUCCUCAAGAUGCUGUUAAAGGACACUAAACAUUAGCUAGGAGUGGGCGAUGUGACGCAACCUGAGGCAAUUUGCAUUUAGCCGUACAGUUUAUACUUUUGUGGUUAUCCCUUUAAUAUAUCUGGGUGUAUUUGGUCAUUACAGGCAGAGACACAAAUUCAUCUGCAAGAUUUUUCAUGAAGUUGACCAUAUUGAUAUCUUCAUUUAAGAUGCCAUGACAACAGAUUCUAUCCAUGUCGCCCACUCCUACUGUCAAAACUACUUUUCUUUCACUGACUCGGAGCUGGACAGAAAACUGCCACUUCCUCCUGCUCUCAUGUCUCCGCCUCCUUUAUUCCUCUGCAGCCAGUUUGCCAGUUUCAAGUUGUCACUUUGAUACCAGUAAUGUUUGUACCUGUGUGGACCUUUAAUGGGGUUCAGAGUCUCAGAGUUGAAGUGACACACUCCUGUUAUUCCUGCUUCAUCCGUGCAGCUUCAGCUGUGACUUUAGUAUCUGCAGGUGUCUUUAGUUCGCUUAUGUAAAAGGGGCAAGGUUUCUUUUUUUUUAUAUAGUUAAUGUUAUGUAUAAUUUUAAGCUAUUUAUAGCAUACACAAUGAUCCCUGUUGAACAAAUCAAUAAUGCAUUAUGGUUAACGGUAAUAUUGUAUAACUAGGUUUGUUUUUUUUUAGAUGUUAAAUAUUUUGAUAAUUUAUUUUUUAACACAUUCCCACUGUUGCAGACAAUAGUGAAGAUGAGAGGGUACUGUGUUUUUAUUUGUUUAUGCCGUUUUACUUCUGAUUUCUGUACAAAAACUGAUUUGUAUGAUUCCUUGUCGUUUUUCUAUUUUCUGGCAUCAUCGUUUCCCCGUUUGUGUGUUGGUGCUUUCUGCGGGACGCACAGGCAAAAUGUUUUUGGUUGGACAUUGUUUUCUUUGGGUUGUAAUAAUAACUUGUACAUUUAAAAGUGUAAAUUAUGUUUUCAUUAUUUUAUAAAAAAUAUAUUAAAAAUAAUUAUCAGAACACUG